GGCUGAAGGAAUUAAAGAAAAUAAAGAAGAUAUCGAUAAAGAAAUUCAAGAAGUUGAAGUAUUAAAAAAGAAAUUAAAGAAGCUUGAAGAAAUAAUUAACAAAAAGAAUAUAGAAGUGUUAGAAAGUAAUCAACAAAAAUAUGAGUUAGAAAAAGAGUUUAAAAAUGU